GUUUCCACGUUCACUGCUGGACCAGGACUGAAGCUCUUACUGGUUCUGGACUGGGUUUAACUGACCUGCUGAAAUGAGUUUCCUGGGUGGUCUGUUCGGUCCCAUUUGUGAGAUCGACGUCGUUCUCAACGAUGCCGAGAGCAGAAAAACGGCGGAGCUGAAGACGGAGGAGGGUAAAGUGGAGAAACAUUAUUUAUUCUACGAUGGAGAGUCCGUUUCUGGAAAGGUGAACAUCAACGUAAGACAAACCGGGAAGCGACUCGAACACCAGGGAAUCCGAAUCGAGUUUGUCGGACAGAUCGAGCUGUUCAGCGAUAAGAGCAACACACACGAGUUCGUGAACCUGGUGAAGGAGCUGGCGCUGCCCGGCGAGCUCAACCAGAACCGCAGCUACGACUUCGAGUUCAUGCAGGUGGAGAAGCCGUACGAGUCCUACACCGGGGCCAACGUACGCCUGAGGUACUUCCUGAAAGUGACCAUCGUGAGGAGGCUCUCCGACCUGGUGAAGGAGUACGACCUCAUAGUCCAUCAGCUCGCCACCUACCCGGACGUCAACAACUCCAUCAAGAUGGAGGUGGGCAUCGAGGACUGCCUGCACAUCGAGUUCGAGUACAACAAGUCCAAGUAUCACCUGAAAGAUGUAAUUGUGGGUAAAAUCUACUUCCUGCUGGUUCGGAUCAAAAUCCAACACAUGGAGCUUCAGCUGAUCAAGAAGGAAAUGACGGGGAUCGGGCCGAGUACGACCACAGAGACGGAGACUGUGGCCAAGUAUGAGAUUAUGGACGGAGCUCCGGUCAAAGGCGAGUCCAUACCCAUCCGCCUGUUCCUGGCUGGCUACGACCUCACGGCCACCAUGAGGGACGUAAACAAGAAGUUCUCGGUGAGGUACUUCCUAAAUCUGGUGCUGGUGGAUGAGGAGGACCGGAGAUACUUCAAACAGCAGGAGAUCGUCCUGUGGCGAAAAGCCCCCGAGAAACUCCGCAAGCGUAACUUCCACCAGCGCUACGAGUCCCCGGAGCCGCGGCCGAGCCUCUCCGCCGAGCACCCGGAGAUGUGAGCGGAGCCGCCGCCGCCGAGGGUCACGCUCCUGCGCCGGCCGACGGGAAGGAAGGAGAUGCGACUCCCACCCGACACCACCGCCCGGCCGCGCCCAUUCCACCCUCCGUCCUUCAGAAAGCACUGGAACACAGACCGCUCCGUUUAAACCCUGUAGUAGCGCUCGGGACUCGAACCCUCCUGCUAGAUGAAGAAAUGGUUUGAAUGCACUUGGUUGUUUUCUUUAUUGUUUUUCCUGAGCUGCAGGAUGAGAGAGAGAGAGACAGAAUUCUGCAUGCUGGCUGGUUGGUUUAACUCGCUGGUUAAUUGGUUAAUUUCCAGGAACCGAAACACGUGUGUGUGCACCCAGAGCAGAGUGCCAAAUGAUCUCCAAUAAUCACUUUCAUGUACAAAACAAAUGUAUUUAACUUAUUUAGCGUUUAGCUCCGUAUAGCGUUCAUUCUCUUGUGUGUGUUAUUAUUAUUAUUAUUAUUAUAUUUGUUGUUAGAAAGAAGAUAUAAAACGUUAUGAUGCCUAUAAAGGCUCUACAUAUGAAGCUUUUCAAAUUUAUAUGCAUUUUAUUGUACAAUAAUGAUAAAUGUGCAGAUUAUAA